AUGACUCUACUCUUAAAUGAUCCCAGUUUGUGGCCCUUGAUCAGUUCGUAUCGUAUCAGCAGCUAUUUUAUAGUUGUCGCCUCUACUGGGGUGAUGUACGAUUGGGUACUAACUUUCGGACUGGAGGUUGAACUGGUCUGGAAGCAACGCUGGUCCCUUAUAACCGUUUUGUUUCUCAGUGUGCGCUAUCUUGGAAUAUCAUACGCUGUCCUCUCUGUGCUGUUGGAUUGGAUUGCUAUGGUCGUAACUGCAAUGCUGGGCUUGAUCAUGCUCGUUCGGUUAUAUGCCAUGUAUCAGCAAUCCAGAAAGGUGCUGAUAUCUCUCGUUGUCAUCUUCGUUCCCGCCAUCGUUUUCGUCGUAGUGGCCUCCGCAAUGACAAUGAGGAAUAUUUCAGCGGAGGAGGCCAUUCUCUUCGGCAAUUAUCAGUGCACAUCUGAUUACAAGGGAGAUUAUUUACUUCUGACUUCAAUAACUUGGAUACUCGGCACUGUAUGGGAGGUCCUCGCACUGUUUCUGGCAGUCUGGAUUGCCGUAAAACACUUCCGUGAAUUGCAACGCCAUUCUGCAGGAGGAAUUAUCGACGACUGCUUCACAGUGUUGAUGAAAACUCACGUAGUAUACUUUGCGAGUGUUGUUGGUGUUUCGUGUCUCGGUCUCGGUACUUUUUUUUCGACAAUUUUAGCGGAACCAAAUUCCAUGCAAGCCUAUAUCUAUUUUGGGUUUCUUUUAGUGUUCCGUUCUGUGCAGAUGUUCGUGCUAGGACCACGCCUGAUCCUUGGCGUUCGAGAAUAUCAUGCCAAGCUCACGACCGACUUUGAUCCAGCAAACGGCAUGGAUUCAAUUGCUUUCCAGGAGGGCGUUCAUGUGUCAACCAGCAGUAGUGUGUAGCGGGAGAUGCUCGAUGUGAUUAACACUCGGCGGACAUUCUGCAGGGAGCGGGAGAGUUUGUUUAUGUACGUGAUUCUGUGUCUGAAGUAUCAGUAAACUGUUGGUUUUCUGUAUGGAUUAUCUUUUGCAAAUAUGUUUCAAAGUCCAUUAUAAUCUAUUCUGGCUUACAGAUAGUCACCCAAUUGCAGUAGCAGAUAUGGUGCUUUUUUGUGAAUUUCGUCAGAUUUCCAAAUUCUCACUCAUUGUCGCCGGUGAAUAUUUCAGCUCAAAGUCCGGUGUUGUG